AUGGAAUUCUGCGCCGGGGAAACCCUCACGGCCAUGAUGAAGGCCAGGGCCCCCGUCGGCACCAUCCUGCGGGGGGUGCACGACCUGGCGUUGAAGGUCCGGGAGAUCCACCAGGCGGGCUACGCCCACAACGACCUCAAGCCGGACAACGUGAUCCUGGAGACGAGCGCCGACGGCGCCGUCCGGGCGCGAGUGAUUGACCUCGGCAACUGCACGCGCUUCGGCGUGAGCCCCGGCUUCCAGGGGAAGCCCGAGGCCCACCGCCACGUGGCGCCAGAGCUGUUCCAGAGGGGCGUGGGCACCGUGGAGUCGGACACAUUCUCCCUCGGCAUUAUCCUGCGCCUCGUCCUGGGGACGUACGCGAGCUCCUUCCCCGAGGACUUCGAGCUGCUCCACCUGGCGCGGGCCAUGAUGUGCCCCGACCCGCACUGGCGCCCGCGGUUCCCGAUGUGCCUCGCCGUCCUGGCCGACAACCGCGACGCCCCGCGGCAGGAGUGA